ACAAAGGGGGCCAAGUCGACUGCAGCUCAGAGCCACAUGGGGUGGUAUAUGACUGCUUCAAGUUACACUGAGCUCCGUCUGGUUUCCCUUCCACUGCACACUUCCGCACAGUCGGCCCACCGCAGUCAACCAGCCGUCAGCGGAGGGGCUUUUUGAGUAUGGAGCUCUCCGCGACCGGGGACCGUGUGUUCGCCGCGGAGGCCAUACUGAAGCGUCGCGUUCGGAAGGGACAUAUUGAAUAUCUUGUGAAGUGGAAGGGAUGGGCGAUAAAACACAGCACUUGGGAACCGGAGGAGAACAUCCUGGAUGACCGGCUCGUCACCGCCUAUGAGCAGAAAGAGCGGGAACAGGAGAUGUACGGGCCGAAGAAACGAGGGCCCAAACCCAAGACGUUACUGCUGAAGGCUCGUGCUCAGGCAGGUGCUGGUCCAUCCCGCAUCCUUCCGCUCCGACAGCAGCAGCAGCAGCCUCCAAAAUCUUCCCCCCGACCCCCCCAACCCGCCCGACCCCCCCAUCCACCCCCCUCGUCCUCGUCCUCCUUUCCUUCCUCCUCCUCCUCUUCCUCCUCCCUGUCCAAUGCCAAGCUCCAGUCCGGUGCGGCCCAGCACAAGCUGAAGAAGGACAUCCACCGCUGCCACCGCAUGGCUCGCCGGCCCCUGUCCCGCCCCGACCUGCUCUCUCAGCCAAUGGGAUCCUCCGCUCCCCUCUCCUCCCGCCCCCCCUCCUUCUCCGAGACGGUGCGCAUCCUCAACCGCAAGGUGAAGCCCAGGGAGGUCAAGCGAGGUCGCAUCAUCCUCAACCUCAAGGGCGUCGACAAGCCGGGGAGUGCUAGCAAGGCCCCCUCGGCCAAUCAGAGGACUCCGAUGCAGCCCCCGCCGCUGCUGCAGCAGCAGCCCAACGCGGCCCACCAACGUCCCUCGUACGCGGGCCGGCCGGCGGUUCUGUCGCGGAACCGGGUCGUGGCGAAGAACCGCAGGCUCGGCGGCGAAGUUCCGUAUCGGGGGCUCCAGACGCCGCUGAAGGUGCCCACCUUCCCCCUGCCCCCCAGGAGGACUCUGGGAGCCCAGCAGGCCGACGCCAGCGCCGACCCGACCCACCCCCGGUCAGGCGGACCGGGCAUCGCGCCCGCUGCCCCCACCAAGCCCGUAACGGCUGUACCGGACCCCACGGGACUAGGACAGCCCCAAGCCGCCUCCCCUGAGAGUCCGAGUCCGGCACCCACCGGCUCUGCCCCCCCCUCACCAGCCCAAGCUCUGCACCCCCCCGUGAAGGCCCCCUGGGUCUCCAGACCCCCGUCUGACCGGCCCACGCUGCUGGACCCCGGCGACUUGCAGCGCGCGGCGAGCGACUCGUUAUCGCCGAUGCCGUCGUCGUCCUCUCCGCCCUGCUCCUCGUCCUCGUCGGACGCCGGCGUCCAGAUCCUGGACCUGUCUCUGACGCACGACCACGACGCGCCGGCCGGCAGGAGUCGCCACGACGACGACCUCCACCAUCGCCGGCGCUGCCAGAACGACUUCUCCUCGGAGCCGCAUCGCCGCGGCAACGCGUCUGGGGAGGACGGUGACCCGGACUGGCACCCGGAGAUGACGGUGCGCUGCGCCAACGUGGUGGUCACGGACGUCACCACCAACCUGCUCACCGUCACCAUCAAAGAGUUCCGCCCGCCGCCGCCCGGCAACGCCGCGGCAACCAGCCCCACGGCAACCAGCCCCACGCCGUCGCCACAGCAAGCCAUACUGCCCCCGCAGGCCAAGCCCUGAAACUGCACUGAAACUACACACACACACACACACACACACACACACACACACACACACACACACACUAGGGGUGGGCGAUAUGGACAAAAAAUAAUAUCUCGAUAUUU